AUCAAUGGAUCAGUAAUCAGACCCAUCUCAAAUAGCAUAACAGACAUAACUAUACAGCUUCAAAACAAAUUUGGAAGACUGAAUGGCUUUGAGUUCCUGAAUGUAACCAAUAAGAGCAACACGGUUCUUGGCUUUGACACAGCUGUCAGCGUCAAAUUUGACACUUCUACACUUCAAAGGAUUGUGACUGACCUGGAAUCUGCGCUUAAAGCUGUACUUUGGGUCGACACUGUAGGAAUGGUCACCAUAGAGUCCCCAAGUGAUACAGUGAACUACGAGUCUGACCCAGUACUGAAAUGCACAUUUGAGGAGGCGUCAGAUAGUGCUGGCUGGAACAUGAGCACGCAGUAUCAACGCUUUGAGCUCAACACAGGCAGUGUGGUGAAACUGAACAACAGCUGUACCACACAGGAAUACAAGUCUUGUGUUGCAGUUACACUCCAGAAGGUGACAGGCCUCUGGUCAGGCACAUAUGAGUGUGGAUUCACCACUGGGUCAGUCAGGCACACAGCCAAGGCACAACUGAAUGUGGCACUCCUACCUGAUGUGAUCACCUUGACGAUCAACCCUCUUACUGCAGACUGUACAGCAGUGCCGAAAAUAGACAAAAUAAAGGUCACUGCCACCAUCGCAAACAGCACAGAGAACUUUGACGUUUGCUGGAGCCUCAGUGGUGGAGGGACCAACUCUAUAAUUAAACAAACUAAUGGAAAUAACCUGGUCUAUAAUUUUGACACUUCUGUCAGUUGCCAGGAAACCCCCAACGCACAAUAUGUAAAUGUCACUUUUAAGAACACAAAAGGACAAAUAAGAAGUGCACGAGUGGAUAUCCCAGUAAUUUAUGCGGGUGUAUCGUUUUGCAGUGAAGAUGGGUCAUGGCCAAAAACCCCAGAUGGAGCCACAGUGAUUAAUCGAACAUGUGAAGUGGGCAGGGUUGGCUAUAAGUCGCGCACUUGUCAAGGCACUACCUGGAUGUCGGUGUCCUCCUACUGCGUCAGCGAACAGUUGAACAAAGUUGUAGGUGCUGCAGACAACUUUGUCAAGGGACUAGGGGCUACCCAGGAUGUGGCCAUGACUAUAUUUUCAGGACUUAAGAACAGCUCUCUAUUGGCUUCUGAUUACAGUAGCUCUAUGGCCGACAUUAGAGCUUCCGUCAAUGUUCUUGAUGCAAUGUCCAAUGGAUCAAAAAAUGUUGUCUUGCAAGAUACUCUCUUUCCUGAUUUUAUUAACGCAGCAAGCAAUAUGUUGAACAAGACCUGGGAUGGGGCCAACAAAUCUGUUGUUCAGACCAUCUCAUCGACAUACCUUCAGUCUGUGGAAGGUCUGGUGAAGAAUAUCCAUGUCAACACGAGCAAUGGAAUGAAGAGUUCUAAUUUAGACCUCAAAUUCUGCUCUGGGAGUGACUGUAAUAUUUCUGUGUUUGACAUUAGCGUGAAUCUGAACAAGACCAAUGGACUAAUGAAAACUGUUGCUGUGAAAAAUCUAAUGGAUAAAUUAAAACACAACUCCAACAUGGACUCAACCAGCCUCUUAAUAUCGGCCACACUUGUGAACAACAAUGAUACAUCUUUAGAAAUUCGACUGCAGUUCCCCCAGAAGCCGCUGAAUCCCAAUACUAAACCUGUUUGUGUCUUCUGGAACACCACAGACGGGGAAUGGUCGACUGUGGGAUGCACUGCCAAAACUAGUGAUGGUAACCUCACAGUCUGCGAAUGCAACCACCUGACUUCGUUCUCUGUCCUCAUGGCCAAGAGUGAUAUAUCUGAUCCAAUCCUAGAUAUGAUUACCAAUGUGGGCUUGGGUGUGUCCAUCUGCUCCUUGCUGAUCUUCCUCAUCGUUGAGUCUCUAGUGUGGUCGGCUGUGGUCAAGACCAACCUUUCCCAUUAUCGUCACACAGCCAUAGUGAACAUUGCCAUAUUUCUCUUGCUCGGUGACUGCAGUUUCUUGGCUUCCACCUCUCCUCAGACUCUCAGCGAAACCUGGUGCCUAGUUUUGACAGUAUGCAAGCACCUGUUUUUCUUGGCCAUGUUCAGCUGGAUGCUGUGCAUGAGUGUCAUGCUCGUCCACCAGCUCAUCUUCGUCUUCAGCCCGCUGAGAAAAAGAGUCUUCAUGUUCUUCUCCAGCAUCACGGGCUAUGUUUGCCCAGUGUUAAUAGUGGGAUCCAGCUAUGUGUAUUGCAAAUACACCAACAAGCUCUACUAUAAUAAGGACACAUGCUGGCUAGUUUAUAAAGGACUUUUGCAGGGUUCCGUGUAUGCUUUCAUCCUACCUAUUGGAACUGUUAUUUUGACAAAUCUCUUUUCCAUGGUGGUCGUCAUUCUUACGCUCUUGAAGUCCUCGGCCCCUGAGGGCAGCAAGACAGAUGACAAAGAGACAGUCAAAAGCAUCCUUAAAGUGGUGGUCUUUCUAACGCCUGUCUUUGGAGUGACAUGGGUUAUUGGCUUCGGUUUGCUCCUACUGGAAAACAACCCUACAAUGUUUAAUAUUGCUAACUACAGUUUUACCAUCCUCAAUUCCUUCCAGGGCCUUUUCCUUUUGAUAACAGGGGUUUUUGCAGAGCAGAAGGUUCGCGAGGAAUUGUUUAAGAUCAUAACAGGAAAAUCAAAAGGAAAAACUGAGAGCACUAAGAAUUUGAAUUCAACCACAUACACAAAAGACAAAUGAAGACCAAGAUUAUGGAGAAGGAAACGGCAACUCAUAUGUACUGUAUGCAGCACCACUUGUAGACUACAACUCUUAAGAGUCAAUAUAUUCAUUAGACCAGGGGUCGGCAACCAUAGUCCCGCGUGCCCCCAACCAACGGCACCCUAGCAAUAAGUGCAAGAGAGUUUUUUGGAAAUGUUCCAAUCCCCAUGCCAAAUGAGCUCUUUCACAGCCAUUUGCAGGAGCACGGCCUGUUAUUUACGAUAGUUUUUCCCAUCCGCAUUCAGUGACAACCUGCCCUAUUCUCUCUACUCUCUGCCUCUAAUUGGCUAGUACUUUUUGCCUUCUUCACAGAAUGCGGUGCAAUGG